AUGCUUUUCCUGGUGCUUCUGGCCAUGCCAUUGGUGACGGGCCCCAGUGGCACAGCCAUGGCACUCUCUACCUGCCAGACCUUGGACUUGGAGGUAGCCCGGGCACGGAGGGUCCAGGCCGUGCGAGGCCAAAUCCUCAGCAAGCUGCAGCUGGCAACACCUCCCGAGGAAGAGGAAGGGGUGCCUGAACAACCGCCCCCCGAGGUGAUGCUGCUGUACAACAGCACGCGGGAGCUGACGCGGGAGCGGGCGGCCUGCGGCGGACGGAGCGCCAGCAGCAGCAGCGAGGAAGAGGAGUACUACGCCAAGGAAGUGCGGAGGGUGGACAUGCUGCCCGCCGGGCACGCUGACAGUAAGGGGCGUGAAACAGGGGUGGAAGAUGGCUGAGCCUUGGAGCGGCCAACAUGGCCCUGGGUCAAAGCUCAGAGUGUGGGGAGGAUGAAUCCAUUAGGAUGGCAAGAGCAACCACGACUGGGGAGAGGUCUGUUGGGAGGGUGAGUCAUGAUACGUACGCUCCCCGUAUGUUUCCGAGCACAAUUCAAAGUGUUGGUGCUGACCUUUAAAGCCCUAAACGGCCUCGGCCUAGUAUACCUGAAGGAGCGUCUCCACCCCCAUCGUUCUGCCCGGAUGCUGAGGUCCAGCACUGAGAGCCUUCUGGCGGUUCCCUCACUGCAAGAAGCAAAGCUACAGGGAACCAGGCAGAGGGCCUUCUCGGUAGUGGCGCCCGCCCUGUGGAAUGCCUUCCCACCAGAUGUCAAAGAGAUAAACAACUACCUGACAUUUAGAAGACAUCUGAAGGCAGCCCUGUUCAGGGAAGUUUUUAAUGUGUGACAUCUUAGUUUAUUUUUUGUCUUUGUGGAAGCCACCCAGAGUGGCUGGGGAAACCCAGCCAGAUGGGCAGGGUACAAAUAAACUAUUAUUAUUAUUAUUAUUAUUAUUAUUAUUAUUAUUAUACCUAAAUGGAGCCUCCAUGUCCAGAGGAAGUGUACCAGAAGCUAUUCCUCUUCUGCCCUCCUUGUGGUAUCUGGUUGGCCACAGAGAGGAAAUAAGGGCUAGGUGGGCCAUUGGUGCAAUCACAGGAAUUUAGGAAACCGUCUUUUUAUACUGAGUCAGAACUUUGGUCCAUGUAGACCAGUACUGUCUGCACUGACUGGCAGUGGCUCUCCAGGGUUUCAGGCAGGGGACAUUCGCAGCCCUGCCUGGAGAUGCUAUAGAUUGAACCUGGGACCUUCUGAAUUCAAAGCAGAUGCUCUCCCACUGAGCCACAGCCUUUCUCUCCCCCCCCGGACUCUUAGAGGUUCUUGGAAGGCAAUGAGGAAAAAUGCUAAGGACCCACCCACAGGGGCCUAUUCUCUACUUAGUGACCGCAUUUGUUUGUGUGAAUGGGCUGUGGCUGAUGGACUAUCAAUGGUUUCAUAUCACCGUUCAGUCACAUUAGGCCAUUGCCCCGUGCACGGUUAUCACAAGACAGGUUAUCAGAUAAUGCAGAGGGUUGUUUGCCAACAUUUAAUCCAGUGGUUCAAAAACGUUUUUCCUCUGGGCCACACUUUCAGAGUAAAAACUUGCUUGCACCACACCAAAUCUUUAAGAAAUAUGUUGGAGAACAAAAAGAACUAGUAGACUCAAUUUGAGUGGCAUGACUCAAAUUGAUUCGUUUUUUGCGCAUACAUGUCAAUAACCCCAAAGUUUGACAGUCAGUGGUACAGAUGUUGUAAAGGUGUCGUGAUCUGUCAUGGUGGAACAACCCCAUUGAAGAAUUGGUUACUCAGACAUCAUUGCUGGUUGCGAAGGAGGAUCCCAUGACAGGCUUCAGGGCCCCCAAAGUGUAGGUCUGCCACUGUAUGCCAGGGAUACUUUCGUUGCAGUUCCUGCACCGCAGGGGGUUGGACUUGGGAUUCUUCUACGAGUCUAUGAAAACAGGUUAAAAGAGCAGUGGCCAUUUUCUUACCUUCUUCCUCUGGUGAUACUGUCAACUUCUUUGUUCUCCUCCCUCUCUGCAGACUCCAUCGCUAGCACCCAAGCCAGCCCCUUCUUUCGCCUUCUGCGUUUCGACGUCUCGGGCGCCGAGCGCAACCUCAGCAGCCUCGUUCAGGCCGAGUUGCGCAUCUACAGGGUCCCAAACUCCCGAGCGCGUGUGGUGGAGCAACGCGUGGAGUUGUAUCAGGUCAGAGCCCCAAAGUGCCUGAGAGAGGGACAAAUCCGUUGCUGACAGCUUCUUUUGGGUUCUCAUUUUCUCAGUCUUCAGUACAAUUCUUCGUAUUGCAAAUUUGUGAAUACCUCUCUAAUAGACACCGUUUUUGUAUGCAGUUUUGACUAGUGCACACAUUUUUAAUUGCAAUUACUCGUAGUAGAAAGCAUUUUUGUAUGCUAGGUUUUUCUCCACUGAUGUAUGCAUGUGGAUUCCCCCUAAAAUAUACAUCCCCCCCCACAUACACUUUUGGUUGGAUGGAGAACUACACUGCAAAAUUCAAAGAUGUGCAAAUUUCAAAGGAUCAGUGUGUUACAAUUCGUGUAUUGGUUUGAGAAGCAGAAAUCUGGUCGUUUCUCCAUAAAAUGCCAACAAAUUGGUUGCUUCCUCUGGUUUUAAAUUUUAUAAGCUGCCUUGGGGACAGUAUGAAGAAAAGCAGGGUGUAACAUUUUAAUGAAACAAAAUUUAAAACCUCCCCAGGUGAUACGGGCAAGAGAGCCUUCAGGACCAACCCAGCGUUAUGUGGAAAGCCGAACGUUUCACCCGACUGAUAGGGCUGAGUGGGUGUCCUUUGAUGUCACAGACACCAUCAGCCAGUGGCUGGAUAAAAGAGGUGAGAGCCCCUCUCUUCCUAAACCUAUUUGUAUGGAGGGAAGAUUCUUCACCUGGAAAGUAUUCAGAGUUGUAUCUAACCUCAGUCCCACACACAGCAGACCCCACUGAAAUUAAUGAACUUAGGGCCAUUAUUUUCAAUAGGUCUCCUCCCAGCAGGACUUACUUGGAUACAACCCAUUAUUAUUAUUAUUAUUAUUAUUAUUAUUAUUAUUAUUAUUUGAGGGGGGGGGAGGUUACCAUCUGCCUGGCACUUUCCCAGCCCACCCCCAUUUCCCCAACAUCUGUUAGUGGUCAACUGCAGCCUCCAUCGUUCUGCCCGGAUACUGAGGUCCAGCUCCGAGGGCCUUCUGGUGGUUCCCUCGCUGCGAGAAGCCAAGUUACAGGGAACCAGGCAGAGGGCCUUCUCGGUAGUGGCACCCGCCCUGUGGAACACCCUCCCACCAGAUGUCAAAGAGAAAAACAACUACCAGACUUUUAGAAGACAUCUGAAGGCAGCCCUGUUUAGGGAAGCUUUUAAUGUUUAAUAGGUUAUUGUAUUUUAGUGUUCUGUUGGAAGCUGCCCAGAGUGGCUGGGGAAACCCAGCCAGAUGGGCGGGGUAUAAAUAAUAAAUUAUUAUUAUUAUUAUUUCUGGCCUUUCUUCACUCCUACCCAAGCCGUCAUCACACCAACCUGCUGCAACAGAUGAGGGGAUGCUUCUACCAUGUCUAGGCACGCCCUUUCCUUUUCCAGCUCAGCUCAGCUGAGAAGCGUCCUGUUCCUUUAGCAGCCUUGAACCAUCUCCCCAGCCCUAUAUAAGCCCUGCCAUUGUUUGUGCUGGUUGGGGCUGAUAGAAACUGGGGUUGGAGGGCCAAAGGUUCCCCAUCUCUAGCCAGCGGAGGAUGGUCCCGUAGGGCACAUUGGGCACUGCCAUGGGAGCAGCCAGGAUUUUUUGGGGGGAGGGGGAACAGGACUUUUGUUAGGGAGGGCAGAACCAAUGUGAUUGGUCAGUUAGUUAAGUAUUUCUAUUGUUUUACUUGCUCUGGGGAGAGGCAGUUGCCCCCCUUCUCCCCCUUGGCUACGCCCAUGGGCACUGCCCCACCAGCAUCGGCCUGCCCCUCAGUCAGUCCUCACUUGCCUGCCUUCUUAUUUGCAACCAGCUUCCUCCUCCUUAGCUUCAGUGUUGCCCUUUGUGGAACUCAGCAGGGAGGAGGAAGAUGGGACAAUGAGUUGGCCCUGCUGAUCAUUGACUCUUGCGCCACCUACUGCCGGGUUCCCAUCUUUUUAGCCUACCAGUCCCAAUGGGCAUCAGCCAUCACUGUCUCUGGCAUAUAGGAUUGCCAUCUCAUAUGGGGUGUGUGUGUGUGCUGGCCUUGAACCUGUGCCUUUUAACACCAGCCAGGCACAGAGAAAACGUUUCCUGGACUCAAGAUGAAGGGAUGGGGAAAAGCAUCCCUGGCUCAGUUUCUACCGUGUGGGCCAGACUGCUGUUAAAAGGCACACAGAAGUAGCAGGGUCAACAUAAUUUGCUUCUACGCUUUAUGACGGCGAGAUCCAAAUUCUCCAUUUUAAUUCUCCUCCUCUCUGCAUCUUCUUCCCCAGAGAGAAACCUGGGCUUCAAGUUGGGAGUGCAUUGCCCCUGCUGCACUUACGUCCCUGCUGGAAACACGAUUAACCCCAACCACAGUGAGGAGCUGGAGGCUCGCUUUGCAGGUAUGGACCUAGGCAGGGACAUUGGGGUGGGGUGGGGAUUUCAGCACCACCCUCUCUCUACCCCUGGAUUUGUGAGUCACUUCCUAUACACACGCAGGCCUGGAUGACGAUCUUAUCAAGGAAGCCUGGAAAGGGCGUGCAAGGCCCCCAGAUCUCAGCGGCAAAGCUCCGCACCUGAUCCUCACUCUGCUGCCCCCCCACCGGUUGGAGUCCCCACCCAAGGGACGGCGUCGGAGGUCAGCCAACACUCCCAGCUGUGCCAGGUGAGGAAGCAAAGCUCUUCAGAGAUAUCAACAUUGUGUUGGGCCCUUAAACAUCCUAACAGUUGGGUGUGUGUUUUGUGGUUUGGGAGACCAGAAGUGCCACUGGUUUCAAUGAACCGUGGACGACUCUAUCAAUUCAUUGUCAAUACAGCUUGGAUUUCUCCCAAUAUACAUACAGGCUCUUUUUUUGCAAAGCAUUUCCCCCCUAAAACAAGGUAUUUUUGCAUAUUAUGUUCACGAAUAUAUACAGUUUAAUGCACAUUUCCCCCGGUAGAUGCAUUUUUUUUGUAUACAGUAUAUUGUCUGGCUGGAGAAUUGCACCAUGAAAUUCAGAGAUGUUCCAGUUUUGAAGGAUAACUGUGUUAUGGUUCACAUACAGUGGUACCUCGGGUUACAUACGCCUCAGGUUACAGACUCCGCUAACCCAGAAAUAGUGCUUCAGGUUAAGAACUUUGUUUCAGGAUGAGAACAGAAAUUGUGCUCCAGCGGCAGUAGCAGGAGGCCCCAUUAGCUAAAGUGGUGCUUCAGGUUCAGAACAGUUUCAGGUUAAGUACGGACCUCCGGAAUGAAUUAAGUACUUAACCGAGGUACCACUGUGUUGUUUCAGAGAGUGCAAAUUAGGAAGUAUUAAAAUGCAGAACCUCAUCUUAAGUCUCUGCAUUGCUUCUGCAAACCAUCCUAAACUGCUCUCCUCCUUGGAUGGGCAACUUGUUCCUCAUCACCAUCUCAAUGAUCAUUAGCUGUGAUUCCAGCGUCGCAGGGGGUUGGACUAGAUAACCCUUGGGGAUCCCUUCCAACUCCACAAUCCUAUGAUUCUGUCUCAUCCUAAUACCCUGAGCUUUUACAGCCUGCUGCUAUGUUCAGGUGCCAUUCAAUCACAUACCAGCACAUUCUGGCUGUGCAAUUAAAGCCGACCUAGAGCUCUUGCACAACAAACCCACCUCCCCUGCCACCAAUUCAACUUUUUACUAUGCGGGAAAUGAUGGGAAAGUGUACAUACUGGAAAGGGCGGAACUCACACAUGCUUGGUGCAAUGUCGCCCAACUUCCUUGCAAACAAAUCAGAAUGAAUGCUCAAUAAAUAGCAUUCUUCCCCACAAACCUUGUGCAAACAAAUCAGGGUGGAAUGCUCAAUAAACUGGCCAUCUGGAAGCGACCCUUGUUUCAAGGAGUUCCGCAGACUGCUGGGGAAGGGAGGGGGAGGAGGAAGGUAUUGGUUGAAUGACCUUAGUGAUUGAUAGAUGGUGCACAGUCCGUAUGCCCUUUUACAUUUUGUUGGUUUUUCCUUAUGCAGCCUAUCUCCACUCUUCAAUCAGAAUGAUCACGCUGGGUAUAACAGCCCAUCCAGUGCUUUUUAAGGGAUCAUCUGGAUUUCAGAAACUGAGCACAGUGAUCACCCCCAUCUCCUGUCAGUCCCCAUUUUCAGAAUGAUCCCAGCUGUGAACACAGAGACUGUAUGUCUUCCUGAAGUGACUCAGUGGCAGAAAAAAAACCCUUUAGUGGUUACUCUUGAUCUUCUUGUGGCCCUUCCCUCCUUUAGCAAACACCCAUCUAGCCCUAAAAGGCAACCUAAGAGAAAAUAAAAUUUAAAAUAUAUUUAUAUACAUACAUAAAAUGAAAUCCAACAACACCUCUUUUCACCUGUUUCAACACCUCUUCAUUAAACGCCAGACAGGGGUUUGCCUCCAACUAAGUCGUACCUGGAGUAGGGAAUGGGUGCAUCUGUCAGUUUCACUUCCUCUCAGCUUCUCGUUUUUCCAAUUUUAAGUUUGGUUCUCUCACAAUUCCACACCAGUUCAUGCAUUUUUUUUCUUGUAACAUGCAUAUUUGUAAGAAGCUUUGCCUAAUGUACACAUUUUUCAAAGCAAUGUCCCUGAUAUAAUGCCUUUUUGUAUGUUGUUGCGUUGACUAUUAUAUGCAUUUAUAUGCACACUUUAUCUACAUAGCAAAAGUUGGAGAAGUGUGACUUUCAAAGGACGGCUCUGUUUCAUAGAACCAUAGAAUCAACACAGAGUUGGAAGGGACCAUGGGGUUCAUCUAGUCCAACCCCCUACAAUGCAGGAAUCUUUUGCAGCCCCGAGUGGCUGGGGCAGCCCAGUCAGAUGGGCAGGAUAAAAUAAUACAAAUUAAGAAUACAAAUUCAGAGUCCCAUGGCUUGCAAAUUGCUUUGAAAAGUGUAAGUUUGCCUUUAAACUCUCACCCAUCCAUAACUCAGAGUAGACCCUUUGAAAUUGACAAUUUAGUAAUGAUCCUUGAUUUUAAUGAGUCUGCUCUGUGUUAAGACUGAACUGCAUAAAAUCCACGGAGUCAACAUUUAUAUGUUUUAAAAUUUUCUACCCCACAUUUCUAACAAAAGAAAAGCACCUCUGAGCAUACGCAGAGUGCCCUCUCUUCUAUAACUGAGUAUAUACAACCCUAUCCUCAGAAUUAAGAAGCAGGGCUUCUUUCUAAUACACACACAGAGGCACCCCUGUGAACCUUAGCCCAAAGUCCUACCUUUUUUUGGUUUGGAAAGUGAUGGAAACUGCAUUGAAAAGUGUGGAGCGAACGACUGAAGGCAUUCAGUAAGCACCCCACAAGACCUGUAAGCGCCCCACAAACAGAUCAGGAUGAAUGCAGGACAAAUGGUCAUUGUCAUGUAACUGUCCUGUAAACAAAUCAGAACAAAGCCAAUAAAGACCAGAUAUAAUAUAACUUCUGUAUGAGGGAAUCAGGACGAAUGUACAGUAAAUAAAAAGGAUUGUCUGGAGGAGCCCAAAGGGGAACAAGGGAUAAGGUUCUCCUACCAAGACAGCCUGAGGGAGGGUUGUCAUCGUCCUCAACCCACAGAGCUUGAACACUUCAUUCUUCUGCAAGGGCGGUUUAUGAUAAAGAUGCAAUCUUUGGGCACUGUAUUUGCUGCUUCUUUUGGGUUUCUGGUGCUGCCUACUUCCUCCCACCCCCACGGCCGAGCCACUGCUGCGUCCUGUGUCCAUGAGUUCCAUUGGUUUACGCUGGGAAACCUUUUCCAGCCAAAGGGCCCAAUGCCAGCAGUGGGUGGGGCCAGAGGCAAGAGAUGGGCGGGGCAACAGAUGUAAAUUUUGCCUGUGUACAGUAGGUAACUUUCCGCACACACCCGCCUAUGCAAGCACAUCCCUUUUCAGGCAAGCAAAAGGGGUGUUAUCAGAGUUCACAGACACAUUCUAGCUAGGCAAAAAUAUAUGGGGCGUGAAGAUGGGUCAGGGAGGGGCGUGGCUUGGAGGGAGUUAUGAGGGCCAGACAGGGAAGUGCCCCCACUCCUGGUUUACUUGGUGUGUGGACCCCAUCUUUUUGAUUCCUUCUCUCCACUUCUCUCCAGGAGUACAGACCAGGGCUGUUGCCUGCGCACCCUGUACAUUGAUUUCCGCAAGGAUCUGAAGUGGAAGUGGAUCCACCAGCCCAAAGGCUACAAGGCAAAUUUCUGCGCAGGGAGCUGCCGUUACGUAUGGAGCAUGGACACGCAGUACAACAUGGUGAGAGGGGCACACAAGCGGGCAGGUGGCGGGUGUCCCUCCCUGAACCCCUAGCCUGCAGCCAACCCCAAAUCUAUUAUUCUACCCCUGGCAUCUCCAAUUCCACCACCCUUUGUGCCAACAUAGAACCUCAUGGAGCGGGAGAAAGAAAACUUGUUCUUAAUUCAACAGGUGAUAGUCAACUAAUUUUUACUCAGAGUAGUCCCCUGGACUAACCUAAGUUAGCCAUAGUUAUUCAUUUUAAUGGAUCUAUCCUGAGUUACAAUAUUCUAUUUAUUACAAUAUUUUAUUUAUUUUAUUUUAUUCAGAUUUAUAUGCCAUCCUUAAUCAUAAGAUCUCAGGGAGGUUCACAGAAUAAAAUACAGGAUAAAGACAAGUACAGUCGUACCUUGGAAGUUGAAAAGAAUCUGUUCCGGAAGUCUGUUCAACUUCCAAAACGUUCAGAAACCAAAGCACAGCUUCUGAUUGGCUGCAGGAAGCUCCUGCAGCCAACCGGAAGCCGUGGAAACCACACCGGACAUUUGGGAUCCAAAAAUCGUUCAAAAACCAGAACACUCACUUCCAAGUUUUGAUCAUUCGGGAGCCGAAUUGUUUGGGAGCCAAGGUGUUUGGGAUCCAAGGUACGACUGUAACUAAUUAAAGCAAAACAAUAACCACUUUUUAAAAGGCUGCAGAAUAUUAAUCAGCCCAAGGCCUGGUUGUUUUUGCCUGGUGCCAAAAAAUAUGUAAGCAAGGAACCAGGCAAACCUCCCUGGGGAGAGCUUUAACGAACAGGGAGCCACUACAGAGAAGGCCCAUUCUUAUGUUGCCACCCUCUAGACCUCAUGUGGAGGCGGUACACAAAGUAGGGCUUCAGAUGAUGAACGCAGAGUCUGGGACAGUCUAUAUGAGGAGAGGUGGUCCUUUAGGUAUUACGGUCCCAAGCCAUUUAAGGCUUUAUAGGUCAAAACCAGCACUUUGAAUUGGGCCCAGAAGCUAAUUGGCAGCCAGUGCAGUCGGGCCUGAAGCUCAGUGGAGACCUGCAAGAAAAUAUGCUCCUAUUCCAGGAUACUCCAUUCCAUUCCAUCCCUACCCUCCUCACAGUUUACUUUUCCAAACAUGGGCCCUUUCAGACUGUCUCUAUUUUUGGGUGGGCAUGUAGUCACAUACCGGAUGUCAUACUCCAGGGAGCCCUUGUUUCUGAAAUACCAGCUUCUCACCAAAGUACCUCACUAGCACAGACAGGGUUGCUGGUGUAGUGUAGCCCAAACAAACCAAGGUCAAACACAGGGAAUCCAGAAGGUCAAGCCAGGAUCUAGAAGCCAGGUCAAGAAACAGUCCAAGGGCAAUAUCACAGGGUAGUCCACAAGGUACAGCACAGCAAGGAGGAAUAAGCAGAGUCAGGAGUGAGGAACCAGAGACCUGUGUUGUUUUCAGCAAGUGGAAGGUUCAAGAAGGAAGCCUUAUACUAUCUGGUCUCCUAAACCACAUUCUAACCACAGCUGCUGGCAGUGAAGGAGUGCAGGGAUUGUUUACUCAUGAGUAGAAACAUAGAAUCUUAGAAUUGUAGAGUUGGAAGGGACCCCAAGGGUCAUCUAGUUCAACCCCCGAUGAUGCAGGAAUCCCUUACUCACAAGUAGACCCCUUACUCACAAGUAGCCUGCUGACUCUGGGUCCAUAGUUGUAUACUGUACCAUUGCUCUUCAGCUUGGAUCUGAAGUUUCUGGCGUUGGCACUCUUAUGGACCAGACUCCACCUCCUUCUCUGACCUUUCCAGAGGUUCUUCCUCAGGUAUCAGCCCAGAGGAGGACCCCUCUAGGGGAUCCUUGGCAUAGGACUCAGCGUCUCAAGGUCCAUGGCCUGUGGGGUGUCUGGUUUGACCUCUGAGGUCUCCACGCCUGGCACCCGGUCAGGGCUAGGCAUGACACUGGCAAGAAUUCAGGUUGUACAGUUAUUGUUGACUGGAAGCAACAAACCUACUUCCGCAAAAAGAUUGGACAUUUUGCGACAAGGGAAGUGCAUAAGAAAGUGUGGGACAAACACUGUUAUCCAACCUCCCUGUGAAUAAAUCAGAGUCAAUGCUCAAUAAAUAGCUGACAUCAUCUCCAAGCAAAUCAGGAUGAAUGUUCAAUAAACAGGUCAUCUGGAAGCGCUAUGAUACUCAACAUUCCAUGUCUAUUGCGCAUGCUUGGGCUAUUUCUUUUUUGGGGGUGGCAGUACCCCAUGUGUUUUUUAAUUCUUUUUUUGUACUUUUGAGCUUCUUAAGGUUCCCCUGAGUAUAUUACUACUUGUUUCUGGCUUCUUAAUUGUUCCUUUAGGGCCCAGUUCUGCUGCCACUCAUCAUUUAAGUUCUGUUAGACAGAGAGCUAUAACACAUGGUGGCCCUAUAUAAUGUCAUGUGCUACAUAAGGGGUGGGGAACCUGUAGAUAGUGACAUGGGGAAAAUUCGAUGUAGGCUGCCACAUUUAUCAAAUUCGCACUUUCUGAAAAAGAUGAGAACUGCGCUUCUCCCAAUUUUGUGAUUCAGAUCUCCAUCCAAUGUUUACAAAUAUGCCUCAAAAAUGAAUAUAUUAGUGAAAAUAACAUGCAAAAAUGAGUUAUAUUAGAGGAAAUUGUUUGCAAAAUUUGCACACUAAUCAGUUGCAUGCAAAAUAGCACACAAAAAUGUGUUUAUUAGGAGAAAUUCGCACCAAGGUGCUGAUGAGUUUUUCCAUCACCCUCUCUGACCAUUGGCCCUGCUGACAGGGAAUGAUGGGAGUUGGAGUCCAACAACACUUGGAGGGCCAUUUCAUUUUUCCAAACCUAGGUUCAUUUCCCACAUUUCCCACAUCAGUUUGCAAAUUCUUUUUUGCGAAAGAAAUCCUCAUGAAAAUUCACCUGCAAUUCAGUUUGAAUUUCUCUGAAAACACACAAGUUUGCAUGCUCUUUCCCCCUAAAAUAUAAUGCAUAAAAUAUAAUAUAAUACAAUUCCUGUACUGUAUGUUACUUUUAGUAAUAUAUGCUUUUUUAAAAAAUGCACACUCCCUCGCCAAUGUACACAUUGCUUGGCUGGGGAACUGCACUGAGUUUUGGUUGGCAUGUUGUUUUUUAAAGAAGUGUGAAUUUGGUAGAUUCACCUUUAAAUGUAAACUGAAUCCAGUUUGCCCCAAUCCAAUCACUAGACAGGAGUUCAAGGCAUCUGGGUAGCAAGGAAGAAAGCAUGUCAUCCUUAAAGUGGUUCUGGGUUAGGGAAAGAACUAGAGAAGAAGGCAUGUAACUUAACGACUUCUUUCUUCAAUCCCAAUAUCACGCAGGUGCUCCCCUUGUACAACAAGCUGAACCCCGAGGCCUCGGCUGCCCCAUGUUGUGUCCCCCAUGAACUGGAACCCUUGACUAUCCUCUACUACGUUGGCCGCUUGCCCAAAGUACAACAACUCAGCAACAUGGUUGUGAAAUCCUGCCGCUGCCGCUGA